UGAAGGCAAGGAGAGGCCGCCAGGGUGACCUCCUGCUGCGGGGAACGCGCUCGGGCUUUGCUCGCGGUGUCGGUCCUUGUUUCGGGGCCGUGAACAGCUGUAAGACUUCAGGAAUCCUGGCUGUAAAGAGGAAGGAGCCGAGGGAGAUCUCGCUGAGCCGCUUUAAAAUCGGUCCUCGCGGUCGAUUACCUGCUUGCAACGCCUCGCUGAGCCCCGUGCUUCCUCACGUUGGCGUUCUCCCUGUUCUGCCCUGGGGUGACUGAUGUCACCGGCUGGGACUCGAGAGCAACUGCGUGCUCGUUGUGAGGAUCAGAGAAUCACAGCGUUCCCCAAGGAUUCUUGUCCCAAGAUGCAUUCCUUUCAACUGAGUAUGCUAAUCCAGCUUUCCUCAUAAAUGAGCUGCUUCAAGGUGUUUUUGGAGUUGUCAGCCAGCUAGUCUAAAAAGACAUCAGUGUGUUGAGAGGUGGUGUCAGAAGAAUAAAAUACUGUCUGCUACAAGGAGGCUUGACCGGCUUUCACUUAGAAGUAAAUAAAUUCGUUUUUAAAAGUCCAGCGACUGCCUGUGGAAAUUUGUUUCCCUUCCUCAAUGACUUCAUUGAUACAAAGAAGUCUGUAAUUGGUCAAAAAGUGCUUUUCUCAAUAGGACUAAAUGGUCACCUUGUCCUCCACAGACUGUUACAUCGUGCAUGAGAUCUACAACGGAGAGAAUGCUCAGGACCAGUUUGAGUACGAGCUGGAGCAGGCCCUGGAAGCACAGUACAAAUACAUAGUGAUAGAGCCCACCCGCAUCGGGGACGAGACGGCCCGCUGGAUCACCGUUGGGAACUGCCUGCACAAGACGGCCGUGUUAGCAGGCACCACCUGCCUCUUCACCCCUUUGGCACUUCCAGUAGAUUAUUCUCACUACAUCUCGCUGCCUGCUGGUGUGCUGAGCAUGGCUUGCUGCACCCUUUAUGGUAUCUCCUGGCAGUUCGAUCCUUGUUGCAAGUACCAAGUAGAGUAUGAUGCCUAUAAACUUUCCCGCCUGCCCUUGCAUACGCUCACCUCCUCCACUCCGGUGGUGCUGGUGAGGAAGGACGACCUGCACAGAAAGAGACUGCAUAACACGAUAGCACUCGCUGCCCUGGUGUACUGUGUAAAGAAGAUCUAUGAACUCUACGCUGUAUGACUUCGGCAGGGAAGAGAGAAGCCUACAGAGACAAGUGUAUUAAGACUCCCACAAUAACAUUUUGUUUUUCCUCUUUGAGAAGCAGUGGAGACUGGCAAGGAGUUGGUUUAAUAGAGCUGUUAUUUUUAAAAUAACACAUCACUGGUGCACCAAGGUUUUUCAGUUCUUCGUUACACUUAAGAUUUGGAUGUGUGGUGACUUGAGAGCUGUAUGUUAGCCAUGGGGAGUCCAGUCCAGCAGUGGAGUGUCAAUGAAAGAAAGAUAAAGAGGGAGGGGAGGGUGAGAGCUUUUUUUUUUCUUUUUUGAAACAUUUAAGUAUAUUGUUUAAUUGUAUUACACAGAACCAGCCAGACGUUAUCAUUGACCAUUAAAGGAUGAGAAUUUCAAAUGA